GAAGACGUAAGAAUUUAGUCUCUACUCCUCGACUGAGACUGAGGUCACCGAGCACAGCAAAAUGCUCGCCGCACAGCUACUGAUGCAGCUAGGAGAGGAAAACAAGGAUUUCAACAAUAAAUUAACCCCCCACUGCCUUAGGAAGCGAUAUUGGAGACGAACUCCGAUAGCUAAUCUGCAGCAUGUGAUAUGAGUGAAAAUGUGCGCCUAUCUUUUUUAUUUAUUUUUUCUUCUUUUUAGCAGAUCGAAAGAACAGAUAGAGCCUGUUGCUGCAGUGGCGGAUUCUUUUCCCCCUCUCACUUCCCAUUUCUUCUCUGCCUCACAUACACACAGUCAAACGCCCUUACAUACACACGCGCGCGCGAGCAAAUAUUUACACACUGCUACAUCGAAGAAAUGCAUGCACAUUUCCCUGCAAAUACACUCGCUCGCACACACGUACUUCGCUGGCGCCCACGUCCUCUGCCUCUCACCGACAGAUACAUUUACACACGUAGGCCAGGAAAGCGCAAACCACGGUCCUGUGACUCCACGCAGGUUCCCAGGAAAUGCCUUUUACAUUAUUAUUGAACCGAUCAGCAACCACAGACAAACCUGCCAACACUUAGGUCUACUCUCUGGAUUUAAUCUCCAUGGCAACAAGCAUGGAAGGCCAAGAGGUGACUGCAGCUGGAAUUCUGAAGAGCCACCAGGAUGUGACAGUGAAUAAUGAGUAGUACCUAUUGUGGCAACUCUUCAGCUAAGAUGAGUGUCAACGAAGUAUCAGCUUUCUCAUUGACUCUGGAGCAAAAAACUGGCUUUGCUUUUGUUGGGAUUUUGUGUAUUUUCUUGGGACUUCUGAUUAUCAGAUGCUUCAAAAUCCUGUUAGACCCGUACAGUAGCAUGCCUUCCUCUACAUGGGAAGAUGAAGUUGAAGAGUUUGAUAAAGGGACAUUUGAAUAUGCACUUGCAUGACAGCACCAGCUUUAUGGAUUUUAGCAUUAUGCUAUCGGGACUCACGGUGGAUACAACUGUAAUUACCUUGAGCGUGCUGGAGAGAGGCUCAUUUCAUUCACUGAAUUCAAUAAAUGUGUGUGGUUAAUUUA